AUGUCUUCUUCAGCUCCCAUAUUUCUGCUUCUCAUCAUCUUUUCCACUUUCAUCAACAUCAACAUCUCAUCAUCAUUAAUCAAUUAUCCUGACCGUUACAUCAAGUCAUUAACAAAUCCUCAAUCACCAAACACAACAACAGAAUACACUCAAGUAACAACACCGUCACCACCCAAUCCAAUUAAUCCAAACUGUUCAGUCCUUGUUCUCCAAAAUGAUUUCAAUAACACCUUAGGUUCACCACCGUAUUCUACACUCUAUUCUCCUCCGGCCAAUUGUUCUGGUCCGUGGAACAAAAUCUACCUCGAGUAUAAUGUCAGUUGUGAUGGGAAACAGUACGAUAGAAUCUCAGGUGUUUGGCUUAAUGGUGUUGAAAUUUUAAGAACAAGUACAGCCCAACCAAACCCUUCUGGGUUAUCCUUCUGGAAAGUUCGGAAAGAUGUUACCAAGUAUUCAUCAUUGUUUAAUCAAUCUAAUUUAACAUUAUCUGUGAUGCUUGAAAAUCUUGUUAAUCAUGAGUUUACUGGUGUUUAUCAUGUUAAUCUUUCAUUAUUAUAUUAUCAAGAUCAAGAUGUUAUAAAUGUCCAGCCAGUUGAGCCCAUUCAAGUACAACCACUCAAAUUGAGUAGAAAGCUAGGGGGUUUAGGUUUAGCCGACAACACUUACAAUGCUGGCGAAACAACAGCGGAUUUGAUACUUCCAGUUUCUGGCAGUGGUUGGUUUUGGAUUCAAAAUGGGUUAGAUAUUCAUUCCAACACGAUUCAGAUUCCACAAAAUACUAGAAAAGCUGUUUUGGAAAUUUAUGUUUCAUCUCAUGGGAAUGAUGAAUUUUGGUACUCUAAUCCGCCCAACUCUUACAUUGAACAGAAUAAUUUGACUACCCAGAGAGGGAGUGGAGCUUUCCGGCAAGUGUUUGCGACGGUUGAUGGGGUUACCGUUGGUUCUGCGACUCCAUUUCCUGUUAUUUAUACUGGUGGGAUUAAUCCAUUGUUUUGGGAACCUGUUGUUGCUAUCGGAGCAUUUAAUUUUCCUACUUAUGAUUUCGAUUUGACUCCGUUUCUCGGGUUUCUAUUAGAUGGAAAGAAUCAUUCUUUUGGUCUUGGUGUUACGGAUUGUAUUUCAUUUUGGCUUGUUAGCGCCAAUCUUCACCUUUGGUUGGAUCAUGGGUCGGACAUUGUUCAGGCGCAAUCGAUUUCCUAUCUAACUCCUCCUAUUGAGUUCAAAAUAAAAUCAAAAACUGACGGUCUGGAUGGGAAAUUCAAGAUUAAAGGAAAGAGAGAAACAGAGUACUCAGGCUGGGUUAAUUCAUCGACCGGGAACUUUACGACACGAAUUACUGAAAAGUUCAAGUUCAAGAAUAAAAUCAAGAUCAAGAACUAUGGCCAGGAAAAUCAAGUGAAACAGAAGAUUAAAGUGAAGACUGAGAUUAUAGUUGAAAAUGAGAUUGGUCAGGAGAUUAGUAAGUUGAGUAUAAGUAGGAAGUAUCCACUUAAAAUUAAAAUCUCGACGUUGCCCGGAGCCGACAAGGAUACAUUUUUAUCGAUUACUAAUGUUUCUAAUUCAUUGGAAGAGACGUAUACAAGUCGUUCUUUAUCACCAAAUGAGGAAGUAGAAAAAUCUGUUGAGAACAGUCAAGAUUCAGGUGGAUGGAUGCUUGUUAAAGACCAUUCUGUUAUAUUGGGCACGGGGAGUACAGCACAAACAUAUAGUUACCAAGAUCAAAAUGGUCACUACUCUAGAGUUGUUUCUGCCGCUAAUGGUAAAAUUUCACAAGACAAUUCGACUCUUACUACUACUAGCGCGUCGUCGUUGUCGUUGUCGUUGUCUACUUAA